CAAAUUUAAUCCUUCCCUUUUCUCUAUGACCACUCAAGCAGAACCAGCUCAACAAACCAACUAACAAUCCCCCAACCACUUAUUUCCUUAAAACACAUGACAAUAACAAAAACUUUACCUGACUUAGACACAGUUAGAGAUGUGGUGCUUCGUUUCAGAACCGAAUGGGACGAUCCACGAGCUUAUAUUGCCCAAAGGAAGCCGUGGUUUGGAUUGCCUGGACAUGGUAUCAUCCAGAAUUCAUUUAAUUGAAAAAGAUUAUUUUGGACUUCGUUACACGAAUCCUUCAACUGGUGUUGAAACUUGGUUGAAUUUAAGAAAUAAACUUUCUGAUCAAUUACAUGGAAAAGCUCCAUACAGGAUAAAGCUUUUAGUGAAAUUUUAUGUGAAAGUCCAAGAGUUACAACAACCAGUUACAAGAGAUUUGUACUAUUCUACUUUACUCAACCAUAUUCAUAAUGGAAAAAUAGAUAUUAGUAAAAAUAAAAUUUGUAACGACAUUUUUGCCAAACUUAUUGCACUCAUCGCACAAGUGGAUUAUGGUGACUUUAAUGCAGAUUCUCUUCCCGAUUAUUCUACUAUUAUACCCUCAGAUGUAGCCUGGUCGAGGGAAUUUCAACAGUUGGUUGAAACCAAUCAUUUAAAGUUGGAUAUGAUGACAACUUCUGAAGCAAAGAUUGAGUUUUUAAAACUUCUAGGUGAAUUUACUGAUUAUGGUGUUGAGUUUUUUCAAGUGCAAUCAGUUUCAGAUAAGCCUCAAGAAUUAACGCUGGGAGUACGACACGAUGGUCUGAGAAUUACAGAAAACUCAUCCGGAUCAAAUGGAAAAGGUACUGAUGCAGUUAGACUUAUUCCAUAUGAUGAAAUCUCAACCGUAUCAUACAAAGGAAAGCGUUUCACUAUUGUUCAUGGAGAUACAGACGGCGAACAUGUACACUCAAGUUUCAUCCUUAAAAAGAAUCAAGGUGCUAUUCAUUUAUUUCGUACAUUUACAGAGUUCCACUCGUUCUUUCAAUGCAAUUCUGUGAAAAAGUCAGUUGUUGAAAAAUGCUCAAACAGUUCUUUAAGAAGAAUGCUGUCCAUUUUUAAGUCAGAUGAUACACAAAAAAGAAUGUUUUUAUUUGAUGUUAUUCGCACAAGAAGACAGGCAUAUGAUCAUGCCUGGUCUCUUUUAAAUGCACCUGAUAAGAAAAGACAAUCAGCAUUUUAUCAUAGUGAAAGAAACUUUAAUAGAAAGAGUGUUUACAGUGUUAGCAAAAUCGAUGAGGGUCAAGACUCUCUUCAAAACCCCCAACAAAAACCAAGACCACUAUCAGGAGGUGUGAAGUUUUUUAUAACUGAAUCCGAAAAUAAAACAACCAACCCGGAAGAAAUAUUAGACAAUAAUGUAAACACCCUCACAUUUGAGGAACUUCGUGAAACUGUAAAUAAUUUGAUGGACAAUCAAACAUGCCAAGUGUGUAUGGAUGCAAAAGUUUCAACAGCAUUUUGUCCAUGUGGCCAUGUUGUUUGUUGUACAGACUGUGCAACCAUGUGUCGAGAAUGUCCACUUUGUAGAAUGCAGAUUACCUAUGCACAAAGAGUUUUUUUCACUGGUUAUUAGUGGAUUGUUUUAUUUUGUAAUUUUUGUAUAUACUGUGUGCAGCUAUUUUGUAAUGUCCUAAAAAUUGUGGUAGAUAUGUCCUAUGUGCCGUUGGCUUAUUUUAAUAUAUUUAAAAUCCUUAAGUUUAAAAGGAAUUUAUCGUUUUUAUAGUUUAUCUUUUUUUUUCUUGAUAAAAAACUUUUAUGUUGAAAGAAAUGAUGUUAUUUCAUCAGCAAUAUGUAUAAAUUAUGCAUUUCUUAUUUAGGUUGCUUUUUUAUGCUUCAAUAUUUUUCUCUUUAAAAUUUCUUUUUAACUCUACUGUGGUCUAUUCAUCUGAUGAAUUAACACUUCCCCACAUAUGAAUAAAAUAUUUCUGUUUUUAAAAGGUGCUCAUGAAUCUUUAAAAUAUAUUGAGAAAAAGACCUUUUAUUAUAUAUUUUUAAUUUUUACCCUGAAUGUUUUUUUGAGAGGUAAUAUGUUGUUUUGUUAAAUGUUUUGCAUUUAGAGUUUCCUUUGUGACUAAAAUUUGAAAAAUUUAACUAAAUUGAGGUGCAGUGUUCAUAUAUAAUUCUGAUUUCAGAAUUUUUUUUAGAGUAAUAAAUAGUUCUUUAUAGAUGCUUCUAGUAGGAAGCGUUUUAUUUUUACCAUGUUAUUAAAUUUUUUGUCUUUUUAGCCAGGAUUGUGAUUGAAAGCUAGAAUAAAAAUAGUGACCCAUACAAAUCACAGUCCUGUACUGAUCUGACAGUAUUACCUUUGGGCUUUCGUAGACUUGUAUGACCUUUCUGUAUCUUUUCAGUGAAUAUGUCAUUAAAAUGUUUUUGAACAUAAAAUCAAGGUAUAGUUUAGACCUUCCUUUAAUAGUCAGGUAUUUUUUUUAAUGAUUUUUGUUUUACUAAUCCAUUGAUAAAAAAUAAAAAUAAAUAAAUAACAAACUGAUCAUUACAUCUAGUAGUCCUUUUUAUUGUAGAUAUGUGGAAUUUAUUUAAUUGAAAAAGUUUAUUGUAUUUUGUCAUUUCACAGGAUUUUGUACACACACAAUCCUUAAAAAUGCGGACAUAUUGUGGUUAAUGUUUUUAGAGAAAAGUCCUGACCCCCCUACCCUCUUCCCCUAUUUCUUUUUUACUUGCUUAUGUUAUUUUUGAGUCUAAAAACCCCAUUUUUCGGAUUGUGGUUCCGAGUUCCAUCUUUCACUUGUAACUCUUAGUGUUAUAUAGAAUUUAAUCCGCAUGUAAGACGUUAAGAAUUUAUGGAGAAUCCAAAUUUGUCAUAAUUAAUGUUGACACAAAAUAUAAUUAUGAGUUAAUUUAAA